GAUCGGUAAAGCCACGCCCCCUCGCGGAGGGGCGGGGCCGCGGCUGCUCUCUCCCUCCCUCCCUCCCGGCGCCGCAGUCGCCACCGCAGCGCGACGAGGGAGCUGGAUGGUCUGAAGAGAAGAGCUGAGGGGUUCUCUGAGGGGCCCUGGUACUACCGGUGAGGCAGCAUCAUGCUGGCUCCCAAGAAAGGCCUGCUCUGCAACCUCAACCACAUCCACCUGCAGCACAUCUCCCUGGGGCUGCACCUCUCCCGGCACCCAGAGCUCCAAGAGACCUCGGGCUCCAUGGGUGGAGACGACCAGAAUGACUGCAGCGACUGCCCAGAGAACUGUGAGCAAGUGGAUGCCAAUUCCAACAACCCCUCCUUGAAAUGUCGGUGUUGCGAUUCCCACACUCAACAGCCGGUGAAGUUGGGGCUCCAGGACCAGGCAGCUCAAGAGGAUUUCACCUCCCUGCAUGCUGGAGAGGAGGUGGCUUCCCCUUGUGAUCCCCCUUGUGAUCUAGCUUCCUCCUCCUGCUCCUCUGUCAGCAGUUGCUCGGAUUUCAGCUUGGAUGACUCCCCAGUCUCUGUAUACUACAAAGGGUUCUCUAGAGAAGAGACCCAAUCCCCUGAAAAUCAGCACAACGUCAUUCCCAUAGAAGAUAGCCAGUUGUUGGCUGACCAGAGUAGGACGUGUGAUGGAAGAGACGCCAACUUCAACCCUGCGGUGCUCCGGAGCCCGGACACCCUCCCUGGAGAGAGCCCGGACAGCCUUUGCAGCAGCGCCUCGCUUGAUUCCCAGCGCGAUGAGGCCUCUCCCAGCACUGCAGAACAGGAGAACAUCAGCAUCUGUGCCAACCUAGACCCUAAUUGCAACUCCCUCCCCAACCCCGAUGCUGCACCUCCAGCACCACCUGCACCGGGAUGGCACAAUGCCGGUGUGAGCAACGGUCCUGUGCCGCAGCCCUGCGCUGGUAGCAUCCCCCCGCCUGUGCCUCCCCGGCCCCGGAGGCGCCUGCAGGUUCUCGGUGGGCAGCGAGCAGAGCAGUCACUCCUGCCUGCGGUGCCAGAAUCCAGCUCAGGUGACCUCUGCAGAGACACGGGCAAGAAGACUAUCACCUCCUUCCAUGAGUUGGCACAGAAAAGGAAGAGGAACGCCACCGGGACAGCUCUCACCCAGGCUAAGGCUGACCGGAGCGACUGGUUGAUAGUCUUCUCUCCAGACACUGAGCUGCCGCCUUCCAGCGAGCUCCUCUCCAGUGCCGUGGGCCAGGAGCCAGCCCAGCUCCAGCAGGACUGGCCGUCGAGAGCAUCCAGCUCCAGGCAGCGAGAGGUCACCACGUUCAAGGAGCUGCGGUACCGCAGUGCCUCCAACAAGCCCAAGGGUCAACUGGCUGGUGAGCGGGCAGAGCCGGUGGCCUCUGAGCACCCUUCUGCACCUCUCACCGUGGCCGUAGGCAGUGACGGCUCAGGCUGGCUGCCGCCCAUGCCCCUGGGCGGACACUUGAUGGCACCUAUGGAAAGCCACCAGCUGAAGAGGAGGAGAUCUCGACCAGGAUUGCAGCCCAUUGCGGAGGGACCGCCAGGAAACACAGAGGAAGGGGGGAUGCCGCCACAAAGCUGCCUGCCAGGAGAGAAGGGGCUGGGCUCUGGCUGUGAGCGAGACACCCCGGUUUGGAAGCUCGGGGGAACGAACAGGAACUCUUGGGUGCCAGGGACUGGCGAGAGAGGAGAGGAGGCGUGUGAGGAGGGGAAAGCCGAACCGCCUCAAGCCCCGCGGGGAACCGCCCGCUACUGGGGGGAGCGGAAGAAAGCCCUGUUGGUUGCCAUCAGCACCGCCGUGGAUAAGAUCAUUGCCCAUUUCAGCACUGCACGGAACCUGGUGCAGAAGGCGCAGCUGGGAGACAGCCGGCUCAGCCCAGAUGUGGGUUACCUGCUGCUGCACACCCUCUGCCCUGCGCUCUAUGCCUUGGUGGAGGACGGGCUGAAGCCAUUCCAGAAGGAUGUUAUCACAGGCCAGAGGAAAAAUUCCCCCUGGAGCGUGGUGGAAGCUUCUGUGAAGACAGGUCCCAACGUGCGCUCCCUCCAGUCCCUGUGCUGGCAUGUGGCCAGACUGACCCCUCUCAACGGCACCAGGCAGAAGUUUCAUGCCUUCAUCCUUGGCCUCUUGAACAUCAAGCAGCUGGAGCUGUGGAUCUCUCACCUGCAGAAGAGCCCAGGUGUCAUCUCCGUGCUGUAUUCACCCACCGCCUUCUUCGCUCUGAGCCAAGGUCCUUUUCCCCACCUCGCUGACGAGCUGCUGCUGCUCAUCCAGCCCCUCUCGGUGCUGACUUUCCACCUUGACCUGCUCUUUGAACACCACCACCUUUCCGUGGAUGUCAGACCUUUGUCCCGACGGCUGGAAUCGCCCUUCUCUCCUCAUCCCUCCGCUCGGGAAGGCCAAAGUGGUGCUGCAGAAGUGAGCCUGGAGGAUGAGAUCCCCCCUGACGCCGUCGGGAGGGCAACCGGCUCGGAGGGCAGCACCGGAACCCGAUCCCAAGCGCUAGUUGCUGGUGCCCAAGUGGGGGCUGCCCUCCAGCAAACCUUCCAGCACAUCCUGCACUGGGGUGACCAGCUCGGUCGCGCUUUACUGGGAGCUCCCAGCUCCCCGGAGACCUCCAAGCCCCAGGUAGGACCUCAGGAUGCCAGAGCUGGCCUUAGCGGCUGGUGGGGCCAGCUGAGCCAGGCUUCCAGGAUUUACGCUGCUCCUAGCAAGGAAAAUUCACCUUUUGUCUGGUGGAUGAAGCUGCAGACCGGUGUGGGGGAUUCCAGCCCCAGCCGGGCUGUGCGACCCCAAACAGGCGUGAAUGAGCCUCGAGGCAUGGAGCUGCAGCUCCUUCAGACCAAAGGUAUGUCUGAACUUCACAGUCCAAAGCCCAGCAGCAGUGCUGAUACCUCUGGGACCUCUUCCCCUGAAGACCUCAUCCUGCCUGCUGGAGCUGCUGCCGCCAGGAAACCAGAGGCUGCUGGAGAGAGUCUUCCGACUGCUUCCCUGCAGCCUUGUGCGAAGAGGAAUGGGGUAGCAUCUUCUGACCCAGCAGCGGGUGGUCCUCCUGGUCCAGACAAAGGCAGCUGGAUGGGCCGUCUCUUUGGAGCCACUAGUCCCUCGGCCAGGAGCAACCCUCCCAGUCCUGACACCGUCUCCGCUAGGUCCAGGAGACCUUCUAGCUGGCUGUCCCCCAGCGCUCGUGUCUUGGCCAUGGUGGUGAAGGGGCUGACGCCGGAGAAGAGCCGCUCUCCAGAGCAGCCGGUGAGGAAUGUGCCCAACUCAGCUCAGCCCUACAGGGCAGUCCGGGCGCUGUGUGACCACACAGGCACCACUGAUGGGCACUUGAGCUUCCAAAAAGGGGACAUCCUGCAGCUUCUCUCCACCGUGGAUGAAGACUGGAUCCGCUGCUGCCAUGGAAACAGCACUGGCCUUGUUCCCGUCGGCUACACAUCCCUGAUUUUGUGAGGAGGUGGAGGAGAGCUCCCAGAAAGACCUUCUGCUGCCACGGCUUCACCGCCUUUGGGGCUUCACCACCUGGGCUGGCGGUUCCGAGGGGCUCCUGCCCCAUCACUGCUGCUCAUUCACAUGACGUUGCUGUGGGCACAGCGCGGCAGCCACCGCUGGCCACGUCCCCACAGCGCCUCUGGCUGGGACUCCCGCUUGGAAUCUGCUUUUGCUCCUGUCACCUCCUCGCUGCCCACGGCUGUGUUGGGGAGGGAAGAGCCCCAUCCCCACACGGUGCUCGUGGUCCUCUGUCUUGUCUCUGUGUUGUCGUGUCCUGCCACCACUGCCACCACCUCGCCGUGGCCUUGCCCCAGGGCUGGUGGCCCGGCUGCCAUCGCAGCACUCUGUAAAUAGUUGUAACCACAGGAAUGAGCUUAUUCCAAGGGGAAAAAAAGAGAUGGAAAUAAAGGUUGUGGCUCACGUGAAUGGAUGGUUGUGGGUAGCAUGGGCUGGAGGUGGCCACGGGGCUGUCCCUGUGGGGAUGUGGUGGCCAAGCCACUCUCCAUGAUGUUUGAAAAGUCUUGGCAAUGGGGAAGUCGAUGGUGAAUGGAAGAAGGGGAACGUUGUGCCCAUUUUUAAAAAGGGUAGAAAAGACGACCCUGAGAACUCCUGACCUGUCAGCCUCACCUCUGUGCCUGGGAAGAUGAUGGAACAGGUCCUCCUAGAAGCUCUGCUAGAGCACAUGGAGGGCAGGGAGGUGAUUAAUGGCAGCCAGCACGGCUUCACCAGGGGCAAGUCCUGUCUGACCAACUUGGUGGCUUUCUAUGAUGGGGUAACCGCGGCAGUGGACACAGGAAAACCGACGGAUGGGAUCUGUCUGGACUUCUGUAAAGCCUUUGACACAGUCCCCCACAACAUCUUUCUCUCUAAAUUGGAGAGAGAUGGAUUUGAUGGGUGGAUGGUGCAGUGGAUAAGAAACUGGUUGGAUGAUCGUAUUCAGAGAGUAGUGGUCAAUGGCUCAAAGUCCAGAUGGAGACCCGUGAUGAGUGGUGUCCCUUAGGGGUCUGUAGAGGGACUGGUGCUGUUCAAUAUCUUUAUCAAUGAUAUGAACAGCGAGAUCGAGGGCACCCUCAUCGAGUUUGUGGAUGACACCAAACUGAGUGGGGCAGUUGCCACACUGGAAGGAUGGGAUGUCAUCCAGAGGGACCUGGACAGGCUGGAGAAGUGGGGCUGGAGAACCUCAGGAGGUUCAACAAGGCCAAGUGUAAGGUCAUACCCCUGGGUCGGGGCAAUCCCAUUUUUUAGUACACGAUGGGGGAUGAUGUGCUUGAGAGCAGCCCUGAGGAGGACUUGGGGUGCUGGUCAAUGAGAAGCUCAACAUGAGCCAGCAACGUGCUCUCACAGCCCAGAAAUCAACCGUGUCCUGGGCUGCAUCAAGAGAAGCGCAGCCAGCAGGGAGGGAGGGGAUUCUGCCCCUCUGUUCCUCUCUUGUGAGACCUCAUCUGGAGGUCCAGUUCUGGAAUCCUCAACAGAAGAAGGAGAUGGAGCUGUUGGAAUGGGUCCAGAGGAGGCUACAAAGAUGAUCUGAGGGCUGGAGCACCUCCCGUACAAGGACAGGCUGAGAGAGUUGGGAUGGUUCAGCCUGGAGAAGGCUCCGAGGAGACCUUAGAGCAGCUUUCCUAUACCUGAAGGACCAAGAGGAAAGCUGUGGAGGGGCUGUUCGUAAAGACUUGUGGGGAUAGGACAAGGGGGAACGGGGCUAAACUGGAGAGGGGCAGAUUUAGACUGAACAUAAGGAGGAAUUUCUUCACCAUGAGAGCGGUGAGACACUGGAACAGGUUGCCCAGAGCAGUGGUGGUGCCCCAUCCCUGGCUGGUUCAAGGCCAGGUUGGAUGGGCCUUGGGCAGCCUGAUCCAGUGGGAGGUGUCCCUGCCCAUGGCAGGGGUGCAACUGAGACUUUGAGGUCCCUUCCAACCCAACCCAAUCCAAUUCAACCCAUUCCAUGACUCUAUAUCUGGAAGGGAAUUGGCCAAAA